AUGGGUAGCCUGGCAUCCGAAGUCAGGUUCGUGCAGGAGCCCAUCGCCAUAGUGGGAAGCUCGUGCCGUUUUCCAGGUGGCGCCAAUUCCCCCUCCAAGCUUUGGGGGCUCCUCAAGAAUCCUCCGGACAUCGUGCAAGAAAUCCCACCCAGUCGUUUCGAUACCAAGGCUUUCUACCACCAAGACAGCCAGCAUCAUGGAAGCACAAAUUCAAAGUACGCUUAUCUUUUGCAGGAUGAUCCCCGGGGCUUUGACCGCGACUUCUUCAACAUCAGCCCAAAGGAGGCCGAGGCAAUGGACCCCCAGCAGCGAUGUCUCCUCGAGACUGUUUACGAGGGUAUCGAGUCGGCGGGCUACUCGGUUCCACAGCUUCGGGGAUCAUCAACUGGGGUCUUCGUGGGGUGUAUGAGCUUCGACUACCAGUUUGUUGCUAUGCGUGGCCUCGAGAGUCUACCGCAAUACCACGCAACUGGCGGUUCCAUGGCGAUUCUAGCCAACCGCGUGUCCUAUUUUUAUGACUGGAAAGGACCGUCACUUGCGUGUGAUACCGCCUGUUCAUCAUCGCUCGUGGCUCUGCACCAGGCAGUCCUUUCGCUUCGAAAUGGAGAUAUCAACAUGGCAGUUGCAGCGGGGGUGAAUCUUAUUCUCGGGCCUGAGCAAUUCAUCGCCUAUUCAAAUCUAAACAUGUUGUCUCCCAAUGGACGAUCUUGGAUGUGGGAUUCUUCUGCAGAUGGAUAUACGCGAGGCGAGGGGUUAGCUGUCAUUGUUCUCAAGACUCUUAGCCAAGCCCUCGCAGACGGUGACCAUAUUGAGUGCAUUAUCCGCGAAAUCGGCGUAAACUCGGAUGGCCGGACGCCAGGUAUCACCAUGCCGAGUGCAGAGGCGCAAACUCGACUCAUCCGAGACACAUACUCGAGGUGCGGGCUGGACCCAACGAAUGCACGAGACCGCCCACAAUACUUUGAAGCUCAUGGAACCGGCACGCCGGCAGGAGACCCUAUCGAGGCACGGGCCAUACACGAUGCUUUCUUCUCCGGGAAUUCAGACAAGAAUGAUGGCCAGCUCAUAGUUGGUUCAAUCAAAACCGUUAUUGGUCAUACGGAGGGCACUGCAGGACUCGCCGGCGUGCUCAAGGCAUCGUUGGCAGUUCAGCACGGUCAAAUCCCGGGAAACCUCCAUUUCCGGGACCUGAACCCCAAAAUUCGACCGUUGUACAACCAGCUUCGUAUCCCGACGACCUUGACCCCCUGGCCCCCUAUUGCGAACGGCCAGCCGCGCCGUGUGAGUGUAAACAGUUUCGGCUUUGGCGGAACUAACGCCCACGCCAUUAUUGAAAGCUGGAAUGGGGCUAAUGAAAGCUAUGCGUCGAAAUCGCCUUCAGGUGGACUUUUCGUCCUGGCUGCCAACUCGGCUCGGGCCCUGGCAGAAAAAGGUGCAGCGCUAGCCAGGUACUUACGAGAGCAUCCUGACACAGACCUUGGUCGACUGGCCUGCACGCUGUUCCAGAGGGCCGAGUUCCUGUUCAGAGCCGCGUUUUCAGCAACAUCAGUUGCGCAGCUUGCUGACAAGCUUGAAGCAUGUGUAGACGCGCUCAACAAGGCCCCACGCAUUUCCACCGUUCCCGACUCCUUACCACCCCGCAUCCUCGGUGUUUUUACCGGGCAAGGUGCGCAGUGGGCCACCAUGGGCAGGGAGCUCUACGAAGCCUCGACCGUCUUUCGCUCGGCCUUGGAACGGCUGCAGCACAGCCUCGAUACGCUUCCUGUAGGUGAUCGUCCUCAGUGGUCUCUGAUCAAUGAGCUUUCUGCGCCCAAGGAGAGCUCUCGCCUUGGCGUAGCUGCCAUCUCACAGCCUCUAUGCACUGCUCUUCAAGUUGCUUUGGUGGACGUCCUCCAUGCGGCCGGGAUCGAAUUUGCUGCCGUUGUUGGACACUCGUCUGGAGAAAUUAGCGCCGCCUAUGCUGCAGGAUAUCUGGAUGCACAGGAUGCUAUCCGUAUUGCUUACUACAGAGGAUUUCAUUCUCCUUUGGCGCAGGGAUCUGGCGGAAAGCGCGGCAAGAUGAUGGCCGUUGGUAUGAGUUUGGAACAGGCAUCAGCAUUCUGCAACGAAUUUGGUGCGGGCCUCAAAGUGGCCGCCAGUAACUCUCUGACGAGCUGCACAUUGUCAGGGGAUGCUGAAAUUAUCGACCAGGCGAAGGAGCGGCUCGACGAAAACGAAACCUUUGCUCGCGUAUUGGCGGUCGACACGGCAUAUCAUUCUCACCACAUGCAGCCAUGCGCCGCACCCUACCUCGAGUCGCUACGCAAUUGUGGCAUCAGCCCUCUGAAGAGCCAGAGGAAGUGCAUGUGGUACUCAAGCGUCUGGGGUGCAAAUGGUCGUAGUCGCUCGUUCGACGAUGACCAUGGCAUGGAACUUCUUAAGGGCCAGUACUGGGUCGAUAAUCUCACAAAUACGGUACAAUUUACUCAGGCACUAAACAGAGCGAUAUCUGAAGAAUCAUACGUUUUGGACCUCGCACUCGAGGUUGGACCCCACCCAGCUCUCAAGGGACCAAGCUCCGAGGUAAUCAAGUCGCUGACAGGUGUGGUUAUUCCGUAUUGUGGUGUCCUCAAACGUGGAGACGGUGCAAUUGAGGCAUUUGCCGAUGCUUUAGGACUUAUCUGGACGUCCUUCCCGUCUCUGCACCCUAUCAUCACCUUUGACUGUAUGCACCGGGCCCUCUCCCAGGCUAGCCCAAAAAAUCCCAAGAUUCUAAAAGGCCUGCCAACCUAUCCCUGGGAUCAUCAUAGCCUUAUCUGGCGUGAGUCAAGGGCAUCUCGCAACUUCCGUACCCAAAGCCAGCGUCCCCACGAACUACUUGGCCUUCCUGUCACGCUCGGCGAACACGGUAGGCGCGAGGUUCACUGGCGCCAGAUCUUUAAACUAAAUGAGCUCUCAUGGAUACGCGGCCACACUAUUCAGGGUGAGGUUCUAUUUCCGGCGACAGGCUACUUGACAAUGGCGUACGAGGCUGCCGUACGCCUUGUUGAUGAUCAGCAGGCACUGCAUCUUGUUGAGCUGCAUGAUAUUGAGAUGGUGCGCGCUAUGAGCCUGCAGGAAGAUUCCCCGGGGCUUGAAGUUCUCUUCACCAUACGCGUCACGAGCCAGUCUGACGGCUGCAUUACGGCUGAAGUGGCCUGUUAUAGCAGUGAUGUUAACGUUACUAUGCUGGAUGGUCCUCUGACUGGACUUACGGCCCAUUUCAGCGGUAGCGUGCGGCUUUUGCUCGGUCCUCCACAGAACAGUGCACUCCCUAGACGAACGAAGCCUCUGCUGCCCAUGAAUACUUUGGAUAUGAGGCAAUUUUACAGCUAUCUGUCUAAAGUGGGCUACAACUACUGCGAGCCCUUUAGGGCUAGUUCGGUGGACCGCCAUCUCAACCAGGCGGUGGUGACCAUCCCAGUCCCUCCGCAACCCACUUCAAUCCGUGCAUCUAUGCACCCUGUGGUUCUGGAUACUGCCAUUCAAGGCCUCCUGGCCGGAUAUUCAUUUCCGGAAGACGGUCGACUUGGGGCGGUAUAUCUGCCAACGGGCAUUGAUUGCGUCCGUAUCGACAUGGGACCUACCUCUCCCGGUACUCUCAUGGCAGAUAGCUUUCUGACUUCGGCGGACGUAAAGUCACUCUCAGGCGACGUUGAGCUUUUCAACGCGUCGAAUGGAGCCGUAGAUGUGCAUAUGCGCGGAGUCCACUGGACCGCCCUGAACCAAAAUGGGGACCGCUGGCUCUACGCAGCUGAGACGUGGGUACGGGAUGCGGCUUACGGGAUCGAACCCGGACUCAAAACGAAGCUCUCUCCAGAGACUGAGGUCUUACGUACGCUUCUGGUGCGCACGGCAUAUUUCUACUUGCGGAGGCUUCGGGACCAGAUCAAAGCUUCCGAGAUGCUAUUGAUGGGCAAGCAUCGGCGGCAUAUGAUGAAAUGGGUAAGAGAGUAUCUAUUUCCUCAGAUUGAAGCAGGCAAGCACCCCGAUAUUCAAGCAGAGUGGUCAAAGGAUACUUUAGAGGAUGUGCAGCAAUGGAGUGCCAGCUACUUGGCAUCAGGGGACAACGAUAUGCAGCUACUUCAUGCCGUGGGGAAAAACUUAACCGCCAUUGCUCGUGGAACUAUGCCCUCCCUCCAGGUGCUUUUGAAGGACGACAUGCUCGACCGCUUGUAUGUGGAAGGAGUCGGCUUUGCCGAUGGCAACCUUGAUCUUGAGCUCUUGGUCAAACAGCUUGCGUACAGAUACCCGCGCAUGAAGGUGCUCGAAGUUGGAGCUGGAACGGGCGGUACUACUCGAGCCGUGUUCUCGGCUUUGGGCGACCGGUACGCAUCGUACACAUACACUGACGUCUCAGCAGGCUUUUUCGAGCCUGCAAAGACAAAGUUUAGCCAACAUGCGGGCCAGAUGACGUUCAAGAUGCUGAAUAUUGAAAAAGAUCCGGUGGACCAAGGUUUUGACGAGGGUUCUUAUGACAUGGUCGUUGCAUCCAACUGCCUACACGCAACUCGAAUUCUGAAAGAUACCCUCCAGCACUGUCGCCGCCUACUUCGGCCCGGCGGUUACUUAGUGUUACUGGAGAUCACACGCGAUCAUCUUCCCAUCCAACUUAUUAUGGGAACUCUUCCUGGAUGGUUUCUGGGCGCCGAUGAAGGGCGAACCUGGGCACCCACCAUCAACCUUGACGAGUGGGACACGUUGCUGAAGGCGACCGGGUUUUCAGGAGUCGACACAAGCUCAACCCCCUCCUUCUGUUCCGUCAUCAUGUCACAGGCAACCGACGAAACAGUCCAGAUGCUUCUUGAGCCGCUUUCUAUCACUUCGCACGAGGCAUUGCCGCCCCUCGGUCAAGUUCUGGUUAUCGGUGAAUCCGAGGUUGCAUUCAAGUCUCAGGCACUCCUCGCUUCCGUAGGAGCUGACAUCCAGCGUGACCUUGAUGGUAUUGACGUUCCCAGAGGUGCGGCUGUGCUAUGCCUUUGCGACCUGGACAGACCAAUUUUCGGCGACAUAACGGAGGCGAGAUUUCAAGCUCUGCAGGCUGUUUUCCGCAACGCCAGUACUGUUCUGUGGGUAACUUCAGGGGCGAAUUCAGGCCACCAUCCCUUGGCCAACGUGACCGUGGGGUUGGGACGCACGCUCCUAGCUGAACGCAGUGACCUGAGGCUCCAGUUUCUUGAUGUUGAGGAGCCCGCAUCGCUUGAACCAUAUAUGUUAGCAACUCUUCUUUUCCGACUCGCCUGGAUAAAUAAGUCCGGACUGGACGAGAUUCUUUGGACUCACGAGCCCCAGAUGACACUCAAAGACGGCGCUCUGUACAUACCUAGGGUUCUGCCUCUGGAUACAAUUAAUCGCCGGUCCGCCGCCAGAAACCAACAGAUCACCCAAUCAACCAGGCUUGGGCUUAAAAAUACAGCCGUAGAGGUCACGGAGAGACAUGGAGUGCCGGAACUAUUAGAUCGCCAUGUUGGCAGUGCCAAAGCAAGUGAGAUCCAAGUGCAGGUCACAGCGUCAUCCCUCCACGCCAUGAUCUGCGAUGAGUCCACAGCUUACUUGUGGAUUGGUCGCGACAUUGCAUCAGGUGACAAGCUUAUCGGCCUUUCGCACGCAAACAGCUCUAUCGCCACACUUACCGAGGAUCAAGUCAUUUAUCGCUGGCUUACUGUCACAAGCAUUGAAGAAGACUCAGAUGCCGCACAACUGCGCCGUUUUAUGACACGAGCGCAGGCCGAAUAUCUCCUUCGCGAUUCGAAGGCACCCGUUUGGGUUCACGGUGCCCCGGAUGAUCUUAGCCACGCAAUUGCCGAUCUCGCUGACGAGCGGGAUCUCGCCGUAGUCCAGACGACCUCUGAUAUAUCAAGUUCUGGCGACCAGUGUUUCAUCCAUCCCUACAUCAGCGAGCGAGAUCUGCAAUUACUGCGCCCGAGAAACGUAAAGACGCUCAUCAACCUGAAGCCCUCGCAAAAUAAGGGUCUGUCGACGAUGAUGAGUGCUUCCUUGUCGCGUUCCACAGUCAUCACCGAGCUUGGGGAUCUGACCAUUGGGUUAAGCCGUGAGGAACUGAGGAAGCUAGCCAAAAUGCACUUUGAAGAUGACAUUAAGGUGAAUUGGCACGACCCCUUGAAUCAAAUCUUGCCAAUCGAGGGUAUUUCGACAGAGGCAGCCAAAGAGAUGGGUCCUGGGGCGGUGAUUGAUUGGUGCACUGCCUCGGAAGUCAUCACCGUGGCUCGUCCUAUCGAGUACAACGGGCUGUUCACGGCCGACAAGGCUUACCUCCUUUUUGGUAUGACUGGAGACGUAGGAAUCUCAAUUGCUCGGUGGAUGGUGAAUCAUGGAGCGCGACACGUGGUUCUGGUCAGCCGGAAUCCCAACGUGCCGGCCAGCGUCGUUGACUUCAUGUCGCGACAGGGAGCCGCCCUGCAUGUCAUGUCAGUCGAUGUCACUAACAGGGAAGCCUUGAGAGAUGCUUAUUCUGAAAUCAAAUCCUCCAUGCCGCCAGUAGGGGGCGUUAUCAACGGCGCCAUGGUGCUCCGGGACCGCCUCUUCGUCGACAUGUCCUGGGAAGACUUCGAGACUGUGCUCGCGCCAAAGGUUGCGGGAACUCGGAAUCUGGACGAUCUUUUUAGUGAAAAUCACACGCCGCUAGACUUCUUCAUUGUGCUGUCGUCUGCAACGUCAAUGGUCGGGAUCAUCGGCCAAUCCGCCUACAGUGCCGCCAACCACUUUGGGACCAGCCUCGUGCGACAGCGGCGUGCGCGCGGCCUACCAGGCUCCGUUAUCGUCAUCGGAUUCCUGACAGGGCUAGGUUAUAUCUUCCGUCGUUCAGGCAAGGAGCAUUUGGCUACUAUUGAGAAUUCCCUCCUGCCACGGCUAAACCGGCAGGGCGAGACAGAUCUGCAUGAGAUGUUGGCCGAGGCCAUAGCGUGCGGACGGCCCGACUCGGACGAGCCAGCCGAGCUCAUCACUGGAAUAAGAACGGCGUUCCAGGGCCCGUGGCAUGAGGACCCGCGUCUGUCCUGCUAUCUCGUUCAAGAAGGCGUGCAAGAGAGUGUUGGUCCGGAAGAAGUCAACGGAAAUAUCCGGGUUGAGGCUCAGCUCCUGGCCGCCGUAGCGGAGGAUCCAAAGGGAGGUCUGCCAGUUUUGGAGAGGUGUUUUUCGCAGGCCCUGGGCAACAUGCUCCAGCUUGAUCCGGACCAGAUUACCGGCGAUGUGCCCGUGGCUAACCUGGGUGUUGACUCCCUCGUGUCUGUGCGGAUUCGCGAGUGGUUCCUCAAAGAGCUAGGCGUGGAGGUGCCCAUUUUGAAGAUGAUGUCGACGAAUCAUUCUCUGUCGCGACUCUGCGAGGAUGUCUUGGUAGGCUGGCGAAAGAUUAAGAUAGGGAUUGAGACAGCAGCUUCUUCCGACCCGCGUCGUCAGGAUCCUGAGAUGGAUUGGGCGAAGGAGAUUGCCGAGCUCAUCGAUGGGAUCCCUGCUCUCAUCCCACACGGCGCAGAAUUUGUUACAAAUAACGAGCCUCGGACCAGCGCACGCAGGGUCGUUCUCACGGGUUCUACUGGCUUCCUGGGCACACAUAUGCUCCUCAACCUCGUCGCCGAUCCCGAAGUGGAGGAGCUGCACUGUCUUUGCAUUCGCUCACGGCACGUUCGCGUCCGGAACUCCAAGAUCCGCGAAUAUAACGGCGAUCUAUCCAAGCCACUAUUGGGUCUUUCCGCGGACGACUUCACCCGUCUAAGCCAGACGGCCGACCUGAUCAUCCAUCUGGGCGCGGAGGUCAACCAUCUCAAAUCCUACGACGCCGUAAGAACUACGAACGUGGUCUCGACGCAGAUCCUUCUCGCCAUGGCCACACCACGUGGUGUACCCGUGCACUUUGUCUCGUCGUCAUCAGUCGCCAUGUUGCAGAAGGGGACCCCUGAACUCUUUGAGAUCCCACCGUCACAUAUCUCCCCACCAACAGACGUCGAGUCCCUGACGAAAAAUGCCAUCGGCUACGCUGCCAGUAAGUGGGUCUGCGAGAUCCUGUUGGAGCGCGCCAGCCUGCCAGCCGUCGUCCACCGUUUCCCCAAUAUCAUGGGGCCCGAUGCCCCGGACGAGAUCCCGCUUGUGGCGCUCGAUCGCUUCUGCGCUAGGAUGCGGGCCGUGCCGGCACUAGACCCGCAACAGUGGGUCGGUCAGCUCGACAUCAUCGAGGUCAGCGACGUGGUCCCCGAAUUUAUCGCAAAGGCCUACGGUCACGACUCUAACGAGCAAUUUGCCAUACACAACUACUGUAGUGAAAACGAGUACUGGCUAUCGGAUCUCGCUGGCAUGUAUGAGAAGAAACUCGGCUGCAAGAUCGAGGUCUUGCCGACAGCGGAAUGGAUGAAGAGGGCAACAGAUAUGGGCAUGCCCAAGGGCGUAGUGACCACGUUUACAGGCCAUGAUGAAGCUUUUGUGUCGCCUGUAUUACGGAAGGGGCUAAAGUAA